UGGACACUUCACCCAUAAUUCUCCGCCAAUUGGCCGACCCCCCAAAGUAACCAGAAAUUACCUCUGCGUACGUAAUGUGUGUACACACCUCAGUAACCUCUCGCUGAGCCCCAAGUGUAUUGUCUCGACAAGGAGAUUUGUGUCGAAAUAGAAAGAAAAAAAAGAAAACAUUGAAGACAGGGGCCCAAGGCUCGCGCGACCGUAAAACGGAAUGAUGUGCCUGUCUAAAGCUCAUGUGUCUUCGAUGUUGAGGUGAAUGAGACUUCCGGAGUGCGCAAAAAGGUCGGAAAAAUAUUCAACAAAUCGUCAAUUAAGUAAUCGGGCGAACAAGUCAAUUCGAGACUCGAUUUUCCCCGGAUGUCAUUGAAGUGAAGUGAUCAGUGGUGAUAAUUGAAGUGGCAUAAUCUUGGUGUAGUAAUUGUAGUAAUGGCGACCAAUCUAGAGGAGGAGCAGAGUUUACGGGAGUGCGAGGAGUACGUACAGAGGCACAAUAUCCAGCAGGUACUCAAGGAUUGUAUUGUACAAUUGUGCGUUGGUAGACCACAGAAUCCAAUCUCAUUUCUGCGUGAAUAUUUUCAAAAACUAGAGAGGGAGCAGGCGCAAGAUGCUAAACAACAGAUUGCAAACAGUCCUGAGGACAUUGAGGACAUGCCGGGGGGUCCGCAGGGGCCGCAGGUGCCACGACGACGUGGGGGCAUCUCUGCGGAACCUGUGUCCGAGGAGGAUGCCACUAGUUAUGUCAAAAAGGUCGUCCCCAAGGAUUACAAGACCAUGGCUGCGCUGAGCAAGGCCAUUGCCAAGAAUGUGCUCUUUGCGCAUCUCGAUGAGAAUGAGAGAUCUGAUAUUUUUGACGCUAUGUUUCCGGUUACUUUUCUACCUGGUGAACCUAUCAUUCGUCAAGGGGACGAGGGGGACAACUUCUACGUUAUUGAUCAGGGCGAAGUAGAGAUAUUUGUCAAUGGUGAACUAGUAACAACGAUAGGCGAGGGCGGAAGUUUCGGUGAAUUGGCUUUGAUUUAUGGCACCCCACGUGCAGCAACAGUCAGAGCAAAGACGGACGUUAAAUUAUGGGGAAUCGAUCGUGAUUCCUAUCGUCGUAUUCUCAUGGGCUCGACCAUAAGGAAGAGAAAAAUGUACGAGGAGUUCUUAUCGAGGGUCUCCAUUCUCGAAUCGCUGGAUAAGUGGGAACGUCUAACCGUUGCCGAUGCCCUUGAACCUGUGGUAUUUGAGGAUGGUGAAACUAUAGUGAGACAGGGUGAGCCUGGCGAGGAUUUCUACAUUAUUGUCGAGGGUACUGCUGUUGUUUUGCAGCAGAGGAGUGAGGGGGAGGAUCCUACGGAAGUCGGGAGACUUGGGCCCUCUGAUUACUUUGGUGAAAUAGCUCUCCUCCUGGACAGGCCGAGGGCGGCAACAGUGAUAGCCCGCGGUCCCCUAAAAUGCGUUAAACUCGAUAGAGCACGUUUCGAGCGGGUCUUGGGGCUGUGCGCAGACAUCCUAAAACGAAACAUCACCCAGUACAACAGUUUCGUCUCCUUGUCAGUGUAAACCCCCCUCCACCGCCAACUGUGACCCUGUCUUUCGUGUAAAAAAGAAGCCACAAGGGAUUCAAAACCGGUACACAUCUCAUUGUUAUAAUUUUAUUAUUUUAUUAAUCUCAUAAUUUAUCAAAUAACCAAUGGUUAAAUUCAUACUGUAUCGUUGGACACUGUAAUAAAUAUAAUUCUAGUGAACGAUCCAGUCAAAAAUUCAAAACUCAAAUUCUAUAAAAGAAAUUUAUAAAUUAAAGAA